CGCGCCCACCACCAGCACCUCCUGCGGCUGCAAGGACAGUACAUGCCCACGCCUCACCCAACUUGUAACAAUGGCAACUGUGACAACAAGUGUCUUCCUUUCUCCACGAAAUGUCGAAGACACAUUUGCUCUGAUCAAAAGCAGCUCCUCUACACUUUUUGCACAUACGUCUACCCAUCAGGGGGCCAGUGUGCCAGCCCUAUACCUCUCUACCUCACCCCUCCACUCUGUGGUGGUCACUGCGACACUUCACUCUCCUCCCCUACAUAUCUAGACAACCAAAAACCUCAUGAAACUCCGGAAACUCCUGUCCCCAAAGAAGUUGUAACUACGCCGAUAUCUGAAGGAGUAAACGACGGUGUUAGCGAGAAGGCCACUGCUAGUGAUCGUAGCACUGAAAGUGUGCUAAAAGAGAGUUCAUCAGUUGGUGUCAGGAUGGACCUAGUAAAGAGUGAGGGUGGGGAGGAAGAACAACCAAUGGAAGUGGUGACGAAAGACACGACCGAUGGAGUCUUAAAAAAUAUCAAAACAGAGAAGAUUAACACCUCCUGCCAAAAGUCUAUGUGAUUCUCAUAUGAGUCUAUGACAUUUUCCUCUUUAUUUCGAGCAAGCUCUCGUAAAUGGCUGCCCGUAGUUCUGGGCUCCUAUCUUUAGCAGAGGGGGGCAUUUCUAGCCCUUCUGGAAGAUUUGCAACGUCGUAGCAGCGAUAGUGAGGUUGCUGAAGCGCAGAGUCUGUGGUAUCAUAUACCAUGUAUGUCUCGCAGUCCACACUGGCUGUGGGGUCAGAGGAGGGGGUAGG